AUGGAGAGGCUCUCGCCGGAAGUAAGCACGGAGGGUGCGGUGCCACAGGACGGCCAAAUCGGCGGGGUCGCUGGCAAAGUACUCGGACUGCUGCCGGUGUUUAUCCUAAUCCUGAUCAUAAUCCUGAGGAUAGUGUUCGUGUUGUACAAAAAUACCGCAGCUAGUAAAUCCGACCCGAAUGGCGUAGUGGGUAGUGUACCUGCCUCCUGCGCCAGAGGGUGUGGGUUCGACCCCAAUACUGGAAAGUAUUGUGUGAUGAACAUAGUGUUU